CAAUCCUAUACGCUGCACAUCUACCAAAAUGCCGUCCAUUCACAACAGAGACAAGCCGUGGGACACGGACGAUAUCGACAAGUGGAAGAUCGAAGAAUUCAAGCCCGAACACAAUGUCGGCGGAAACUUCGCCGAGGAGUCCUCCUUCAUGACUCUCUUCCCCAAAUACCGCGAACAAUACCUGAAGGAAGCAUGGCCCGGUGUUACCCGAUCGCUGGAGAAGAUGGGAAUCGCCUGCACACUCGAUUUGGUGGAGGGAAGCAUGACCGUCAAGACAACCCGCAAGACCUUCGACCCAGCCGCGAUCCUGAAGGCACGCGAUCUGAUCAAGUUGCUCGCCCGAAGUGUCCCCGUUACCCAGGCCUUGAAGAUUCUGCAGGAUGAUGUGGCCUGCGACAUCAUCAAGAUCCGCAACCAGGUGCGGAACAAGGAGCGGUUCGUCAAGCGGCGACAGCGUAUCCUUGGCCCCAACGGUUCCACACUCAAGGCUUUGGAACUCCUCACCGACACAUAUAUUUUGGUUCAGGGUAACACAGUCUCGGUUAUGGGUCCCUUCAAGGGUCUGAAGGAGGUGCGACGAAUCGUCGACGACUGCAUGGCGAACAUCCACCCGAUCUACCACAUCAAGGAGCUCAUGAUCAAGCGCGAGCUGGCCAAGGACCCGACACUAGCGACCGAAUCGUGGGACCGCUUCCUGCCGAACUUCAAGAAGCGUACUCUCUCCAAGCGCCGUGUUCCCUUCAAGGUCACCGACAAGGAGAAGAAGGUGUACACUCCCUUCCCUCCCGCGCCCGAGAAGAGCAAGGUCGAUUUGCAGAUCGAGUCCGGCGAGUACUUCCUCUCGAAGGAGGCCAAGGACCGCGCACACAAGGAGGAGGUUAUCGAGCGCCAGCGCGUCAAGCGCGAGGAGAAGAUGCGCGAGCGGGAGAAGGAUUUCAUUGCGCCCGAGGAGCAGACUCCUGCCGAGCUGGACGAGAAGAAAAAGAAGAAGGAAAAGAAGGAAAAGAAGGAAAAAAAGGAAAAGAGCAAGCGCAAGCGCGAGGCCGAGGCCGAUGGAGAGGAUGCUGCCGAGCGCAAAGAGAAGAAGAAAAAGAAGAAGAGCAAGUCCAAGGAGGUGUCUUCCGACGAGGAGUAAGAUACUCGUCGGUUUUUACGUUGUUUGGAAUUUGGCGCUUCUGGCAGAGCAUGGGUCUGGCGUUCACCUUUACGUUUACUUUUUCUUUCUUUCCCUGUGCCUUCGACAAAGGCCUAUUUACUGUAGAAUGAUCAAUACCAAGCAUUUAUUUUACUUUGCCACAACGGAG